AUGGCUCCCAACCUCUUUCUCUGUCUGCGAAAGGUGUUCUGCCCCACGUACUGGUUCCAGCGUGGGGAGCGCAUCCAAGGAUCUAUCCACAAAGAGGAACACUGGGACAGUCCAGUUCCUGGCAUCUACAAGUACAUCCCGGGUCGAGGAUGGCAUCUCGUCUACAAGGACGGCAAUGAUGCCGACGAAAAGGUGCCUGUUCCGCUUGUCUAUUGCCGCAUCCUCCACCGGUACGUCUUUGAACACGAAAUGGAAGAUCGUUGUCGCUGGCACUCGGUGGAAACCAGCGAGGGGGCCAAGCCAGAAAAGUUCCUGUUCUUUCUCCUUGACGACGGAUUUACCUGGGUUGCCGGAUGGGAUGCCAAGGGCAAAUUCAUUGCCGGUCCCUACCAGAAGUGGCACUACGAUGCGGAAGUGGGCACCAUGCGCCGGGUGCUGUUCCCCGAGAGCUCCAAUGUCUCCCGGGCCAGCGUUCUCCCGAACAAAUCGACUUGA